CGGGUGGCAAUUGGUGGGGGAACACGGGUGGCAAUUGGUGGGGGAACACGGGGAGUACGCUAUCGCCCAUCGCAACUCUUCCCGUGACGUCGACCACGUCAAUGGCAUCUGAAUAUGCUUGGGUUACCUCAACCCACUCCAGCCUUACUCCUACUUCCUCAGCAGCCCUGAAUACGAUUGCCUCGACCUCACCGUCGUAUUCGUUAUCGCUUUCCGUCGCGCCUUUCCUGCCGGAUCCCCCUGAGAAUGGACAGCACACACCACUUCCGACAGUUUCUGGAUUCGUACCAUUAUCUUCCGUUGCUACGCCCACAAGCGCCGAUGCGACGUCUGCUACAAUCACAGGCUCCCGUCCUACUGAAGUCCUAGCCCCUGCCGCCACAGGUAGUCGCACCCAAGCCUGGUCGAUUGUUCUCAUCGUUAGCUGCAUCGUAUUCCUCCUUAUCGCACUGGUCGCCAUCGGAUUGCGUUGGCUGUGGAAGAGACGCGCUAGAAACAUGGCAACAGCCUCCCUUACGCCCUUCGAUUAUGAAUGUCACGCAGACGAUAAGCCCGUUCGCUUCUGGCGCCAGUUCGCACUGUCCAUGUCGAGCCUCGCAAAAGAACCCCCCAGGCCGCAGACGCCUGACAUCGUGUGCGCCGGAAACCGCAGGUCCGUCAUCGACGCGCUGCCACACGGGACAAUGCUUUAUGACAGCGGGACCAACGAUGCGGCAGGUACUGCGGCGUUGCGUUACUUGGUGCUUUCGAACGGUUCGCGGAGCGUCGAUCCUGCCAGUUAUACAACCCUCGAUCCUCGUGCUUUCGCUCCAGACGCUCACUUGAGCGUCGUUUCCGCGUACGGAGACAUGGCUCCUAGAAGAGCUUCAAGGGAUGCUUCCGUCCGGCUCUCAUUGAAGCAUGCCAACUUCGUCGAACCUCAUCCUGUUGUCCUCUCGCAGAUGGCCCAGCCACCGGGGAACUGGCCCUAUAUAUACCACAACCUUCCCGCACCGCCUCCUCCGCAUCACAUUCUUUCUCAACAAGGACAACACCCUUCGUUCCCCGCACUAUCUCCACAAAGUGUGCAAACGUUCCCUACGCAUUCCCCUUCUCAUCAGACGCAUAUGCCUCUUCGACUGCCCUUGAUACUCUCCGCACAUCAGUACAGCAGCUAUCACUCGGGGCUGAGUGCGCAGCAGGGCUCCGUCAUUGGGCACCAGAACGGAUCAGAUCCUAGCGUAUCUUCGCGUUGGCCUAUCACACAGCAAGAAGCGUUGGUCGCUGCAUCCCCGGGUCGACAGCCUCGCCGACGAGCAGAGGAUGGUGGAGUCUGCUUGGCGGGCGGGACGCCACCGAGGCGAGAUAGAGACACGGGAGUGCGGGGCGAGCAUCAAGACGUUGCGGAGUCCUCAUAUACAGUGUCUGACGGCGGACAUAGCGACGAGACCCUCCCGCCGGCAUACGGAGCAUACUGAGGAAGGCUGUCUCGAUGCAGUGGGAUCAUAGAGGCGAUGUCCAUGAUACCCGGUGACUGCAGUGGGUUAGGUGACUACAGACAUACCUCCUAAUGGCAUCGUCGUGUAUUUGGUUGUAGGCUGUGCCAUUCGCAGCUACCUCGUCAAAGGGCUUUCAUCUUACUGCUGAGCUCGCUUUGAGA